AUGGAGUCUUAGUUAAGUUUCAUUUGUAUCCGAUAACACACAUUUUUAGAUUAGAAAUAUGUUCUUUAAUUGCUUCCCACUAAGAUUACUCUAAAUUAAGUAUGUUUGGAUGUUAAUAAAGAUUGGAAAAGAACCUAAAUAUAUAAUUGAAUUAGAAUUGCAUAAUACCAUUUCAUGGCAAUUAAAUCAAAUGAAUUAACUCAUAAGUUUUAGCAUUAUGUGGAAUAACAUUGAGAAACAAUUCCAUUCUACUCAUGAGGAUCUCUUGAAGUUGCGAUAAACUAUAAAAAAUAAAAUAAUGUAUAAAACAGUUCGUCAUCUUUAUAAACCCAUGUAAUAAUUAGGAGAAGGAAAUUUUGAUGAAGUAAAUUCAUUUUAACAUUUAGGUAUAUUUAUGCAUUGACAGAAUAAAUGGUAAUUCAUUUGAAAUAAAAUGUCUCGCCAAAAAUUAGUUUGAAGAUUCUAUUGUAUUUAUUCUAUAUUUUACAUAAGACUCGGAUUCAUAAUGAGAUCUCUUGUUUAACAAAAAUUAAAUCUGAAUAUGUGUAAAAUUUACAUGAAGUAUUUAAUGGAGAAAAUACUGUAUAUUUAAUUUAAGAGUAUUUGGAAGGAGUAAACUUAUAUGAAUUAAUUAUGAAUGUCGCAUUAGAUAGAACUUAAAUAUUAAUUAUUAUGAAAGUAAUUUGAAUUAUCAGUAUUAUAAAGCAAUUGAUUACUGCUGUUAGAGACAUACAUUCCUAUAAUAUAAUGCAUAGAGACAUUAAGCCAAUAAAUAUAGUAUUCAAAAAUAAAGAUUCCAUAGAAGGACUUAAAUUAACAGAAUUUCACUUAGCAGUUCAUAUAGAUCCCUCAUAAGACUUGAGAAUAUGUGGUACUCCUGGUUAUGCAGCACCAGAAAAAUUUAAAGAUAGUUAUAAUGAAAAAGUAGAUCUUUUUAGUGUUGGAUGUAUUUUCUUUAAAUUGUAUAUAUUUUCUUUUUUUAUUUUUUAAUAGAGUCACAACCAGAGAUUUAUUUCCAGGAAAGACAUCAAAUGAAAUAUUAAAGAUGAAUAAAAAUUGUAACAUAGACUUUAAAAUUCUUUAACUCUAUAAACUUACUCCAGAAGAAACAGAUCUUUUAAUAAAUCUUCUUGAAAUAGAUCCAGAAAAAAGAAUAAGUGCAGAAGCAGCUUUAUCUCAUCCUUAUUUUUAAUGUGACAUUAUUCAACAUGAUUAAUAAUAAUUGGCAAAAAAGAAAUCAAUAUAAGGUCCUACAAAUGGAGAAAGAAGCAAUAAUCUUCUUUAAAAAGAAAUUAAUGAAAUUGAAAAAAAUCCUGAAGAAUUAUAAGUAGAUUAAGAAUCUCCUCGUAUUAGUGUAAUCCCAAAUUUCAAAGUAUUGAAAAAGGAUUCUCAAAUACAAUCAUCUCAAGUAGUAAGAAAAAAUUCAAAAUUAAAAAAAAGUGAAACCCAAGAAUAUUCACAAUUAAACUUUAAUAAGUCUAAAUUUUAGGCUAGAAAUUCUGUUCAUUAAACCAUUGUUUGA